AUGUUGGAUAUGUGGUUCAUUAUGACUGUGGCUGGUGGUUUCUUCCAAUGCUACGUUGAGAGGAAGCCUUCCAUCUCAUCUUGGAGCGAAGCUGGAUUUCAUGAAGGCGACUUCAUUGAUGUGAUUGUGGUUGUGUCGACUUUUGAAGACAUGUAUACCAAUAAUGGAGACGUUCUCGAAGAAGCUCCAGUUAGCUUGAGUGUUCUAGAUGACGAUGGUUUCCAGCUGUAUUCCAAUAAGACCUUGAACCGAAAGUCAAGGAGGGCCAGGUUCUCUGAACUGUCCCAAUGCUUCUCUGCGCCUCGCGAAGAUUGUGCAGACCCUUCUGCUGACACUUCCUACGAGAAGGCCUGCAGUGGAGGAGACCGGAGAGGAAGUGCUCCGGCUACUCCGAUCCUCGGGAGUCGCAACAUGGAGCUGCCACCUUCCAAUAAGUUGGUGAAUUUCUUCUCCAAGCGAUCCUUCAAGACAAACCCCCUGAAGAGGACAAAGAGCGUGACGAAAUUGGAAAGAAAGAAGUGCUCCAUCGAUGGAGACAGCAUGAGACCGAAUCGACUUCGGACGUCUCGAUCGCACGAGUCCCUGCUUUCUAGUCAAGCCAUGAUAUCCUCGGUGGAUUUGGGUCCUAGUGCGAGCGGGGGUGAAACCCCUCAAGAAGUUCAUCCUUUGCACCCAUCUGUACUUGGACAGGAGCAUUGUUUCCGGCUCUCCUCCACUUCAGGCACUUCAUAUUACGCUUGCCGUACUGCCACUGAACGGGAUCGAUGGGUCCACAGCUUGAGGAGAACGAUCUCGCCGGACGCUGAUCACCUUCGGCGGACGGAGAACUCCCUCAGGAUGUGGAUUCUAGAGGUGAAGAACGUUCCCGUAAAGAAGAGGUACUUCGUGGAACUUUACUUGGAUAAGAAGCUGUAUGCACGGACGUCCUCCAAGCCGAAAGGGGACAUAUGCUUCUGGGGGGAGCAGUUCGAGUUCGAGCACCUCCCCGACAUCCAUUCCGUCACCAUUCAGCUUUACCGAGAAGCCGACAAAAAGAAGAGGAAGGACAAGAAUAUCCUCCUAGGGAUGGUGACGAUUCCGAUUCACACGGUGAAUUCACGAUACCUGAUCGAGAAGUGGUACACGGUGCACACGGAGAAAAGCAGUGGGAGCAAAGAACCCCCAGCUCUUCGAGUCAAAUGUCGUUAUCAGUCCAUCGAUGUCCUUCCCCUCGAUCAUUAUAGGGAUUUCCUCGAGUACCUGGAGAGGAAUUCCGGAUCUUUGUGUGAGAUGUUGGAGCCAAUGAUAAGCCUGAGGGCGAAGGAAGAUGUGGCCACCUGUUUAGUGUCGUUGAUGCAAUGUCAAGGCCGGGCUCAAAGCUUCCUCGCUGAUCUCGUUCUCCUCGACAUUCUUCGUGUGGAUGACGAGCACCUGACGUUUCGAGGAAACUCAUUGGCUACGAAGGCGAUGGAAGGGUACAUGAAGUUGGUUGGAGAGAGGUACCUCCAGCAGACGCUGAGGGAAGUCAUUGGAGUCCUCAUUCAAGGCCAGGCUCUGCUUCAGGAUUGUGAGGUGGAUCCCCUGAAAGUGUCAAGCCAGCAAUGUCUCCAGAGGAAUCAGAGUGCCCUCUUCCAGGCCGUCGAGAUGGUCUGGAACCGGAUUCUAAACUCCUACGCCUUCUUCCCUGUGGAAUUGCGUGAUUGUUUCGCAACAUUGCGAUUGAGGCUGAGUGCUCACGGGAAAGAGGAACUGAGUGAUCACCUCCUCAGUGCUUCGAUAUUCCUUCGAUUUCUCUGCCCUGCGAUCCUCUCCCCUUCCCUCUUUAAUCUCUCCCAAGAAUACCCGGACGAGCGAGCUUCUCGCAAGUUGACACUCAUCGCGAAGACUCUUCAAACCCUGGCGAACUUCACUCAUUUUCAAAGCAAAGAGAGCUUCAUGGAAUUCCUGAACCCUUUCCUAGAAAGGGAAGCACCUGCCAUGAGGACAUUCCUUAAGCAAAUCUCUAGUCCCUUAUCGAAAGAUACCCGGUGUCCUGAAUUUGAUGGCUUCAUCGAUUUAGGGAAGCAUCUUUCCCUCCUCCAUACACUCCUGUCGGAGUGCAUCCCAAAAAUCAGUUCUAAGCUGAAUGAGUUGUCGGUGUACGAGGGAGACGUGGAGCAGUUAAAAGGGAUCCUGGACCGAAUUUCGGCGGUUCUCAACCAGCCUAACAUGAAUCUCCUUCGACAAAUCUCUACCCCGGGCUUUCAAAGCCUGCAGAGGAACAUCUUCAGGUACAACGACCCGACAGUCCAUAGAGAGCGGAGCCCCGGUCCGGGAACUCCUCGAGCAACGUCAGAGUUGAACAACAACCACAACCCACCAGGAUCUCCGAUGGGGCGUUCAGCAACCCUGCCUCGAAGCACCUACCUUUUGGGUGGUGGGAAGAAGGUUGCCAAGGACCUGAAUACGAAUGAUGAUUAUGUGCUCUUUAGUGCUCUUGAGAACACCAAUGCAUCGUUCCAUCAUUCGAAGGCCAACGGCGUACUUCACGGUCAUCACCAUCACCAUCAUCAUCAUAAGCCAGUAAGGCGCGGGAACGGGAGUGCCGGUGACGAGUAUCUUAACGUCGUUCAGUACAUCGAUGAAGCGAAUGAAAACGGGAACUCGAGCGGUGAUGUGGAGCCAGGGAACACGCGUGGAAGUCAGUUGUCCAUAUCCCAACUGUCGAACAUGGCCUCGUCCGGAUACCAAAGCUUCGCCUAUGAGAGUUCCAGUCCUGUAGAUCCUGGAGUCAAUCAUGGCGAUGGGAUCAUGGUGAACGGCCACGGACAAUAUGUCCUCCGGGAUCAGCCCUCCUACGCACACCGCUCCGCAUUGGCGUUCAAUAAUCCCAUGUACCAUAUGGGAAACAAGGGGAGCCCGUCGAGCAGCUUGAGCAGCACUCACAGCGUGGAGGAGUUGCGAAUCCCGAGGCCGAGCCCAGCCGUCCUCCAGCAGCUAUCCACGUCGUCAGAAGAGAGUGGAAGCCUGGACACCCCUCCACGAGAAAGGAGGUUCAAGUCUUUCGCCCCUCGCACUAAUCCUCGCGUUGGCAUCCAGCGCUCCCCUCGCGUCGGUCUCACUCAUUUUCCACCACAGACACAACCUCCUGCUGUUCCUGAGUUACCUAGGAGGAGACAGAAGCUGGCCAAGAGAGUGUCAACAGAAUGCAUAUCCGGGGAAGGAAUUCCAAGGAGUCGGAUAAAUGCUAGCAAUGGCUGGGAUGAAGACUCCGAUGAUUCCGGAGAAAAUCGGAGGAAGCUUUCAAAUGGAGCCGGUUUUGCCUCCAGGAAUGCCCAUCAUCUCUCUUCUGAUCCGAAAUCGCUUGACGAUUACGAGCAUGAGAUAGCCGACCUUCGUGUACAGAUGGAAGGGCUUCAGUCAAAAUUGAGUGCAGCUGAGCACCGAAUGACGCGAAGCCCAGAUGAGCCUGGAGAAUGGCGUUCGAAUACUUAUGGCCAUCUCACCACCACUCCACUCAAUGUCGCCAAUCGAAUCUCACUCGACAGCGAACGGGAUGUUCAGUUGAAGCAGAUCAUUUCCAGGCUUUUGUCAGUGGAGGAGGAGUUGAGGAGAGAGCAGCACGAGAUGGCAUCCAUGAUCAACGAGAAGCAGCAAGUGAUCAAAGCCCAAGAACAGAAGAUCCAUGCUCUUGACGCUGCCAAUUCCCGCUUGUUGGCCAUGUUGACUCAUUUGAAGGACCGAUACUUGUUGCAUGCCUCCAGAACUAACGGCAUGAUCACAGCCUCCACGCCCAGCCCCACGGGAUCCAAUGGGAAUAUGAGCGGAGGGAGUUCUGGUACGGAUGCUCCUUCAUCUCCGAACGGCAACUCCAACGGGGAUCUCCAUGCCUCAUCCUCAGAUUGUUAUACCUUCCCUGAUAUGGCUCAGCUUUCUGAACUGAAGAGCAGUCUUUGUUGAUUCCACUCUCCAAAUGUCUCUUGGAUCUUAUCUUUUUCUGUCGUACAUUUGAUAAUCUCAGCAAGAGUCGAUUUCAAGUUCCUGUCUGCUACACAAUUUGCUGUUGAAUGCCCAUGUCCCAGUGCAACAGAACCCACCUCAGACAUUUGAUGUAUAUAUGACUUCACUGUCGCAAAGUUCUUUUGAUUUUGAUUCAGUCAUCCCAGUGACAGCUUUUUUCACCUCUAUUCCCAUACCAUAACAGAUGGAAGUACAAGCUGACUUAAGUGUUGUAUAUAAUAUGUAGCAGUCUUUAUUUUCUUGAUUUUUUUUUAAAUCCCUGAGAGUAAAAUCAGGGGUUCCUGUAACCCACGUAUACCAAAGAUUGGGCUGGGAUUUACCCAGUUCACUAUGAAAAGUGGAUGUGAAUUUCUCACCUCCAUUCCAUUACUUGGAAAAUGUUAAAUUUCAUGUUGAACGCUUACAAGGACGCAAACACAAAAACGUGGAGAGCAGUAUCCAGAAAACUAUUUUCAGUUUUUGUUCCCCCAGACGCUUAUCCCUUGAGAAUGUGUGACUCCUGUUUCAUGUCGUGAAAGAUGAUAGUAUGGUGAUUGCGUUGAGUGCAUUUGUGAAUGUUGGUUGAACUCAGCCGACAGGGAGCAAUUCUAUUUAUUUCGUGUAUUAGGUGAUUCAGAAAAAUAAAGAUUCCUGGAAAAAGGAA